GUCGGUCGGUACAGUGUAAGUCCCCUCACAGUAAGGGCCCACAGGCCAUCCAGUUCGUUUCUUCCUCGCCUACUUUUAGGAAUUAGUCGCAUCUCGUCCGGUGCCAAGGAAGCGAGGCUUCUUCCCUGCUCGUAUCAGAUCCGCAAGGCCUCUCCCACCUCUCUCUUUCUCUUUCUCUCUUUCUCUCUCUCUCUCUCUCUCCCUCUCGCUGUCUCUCUCUCUCUCUCCCUUUUUCUCUAUCUCUCCGACGUUCGACGAUCGUCAACACCGGCCGUGCGCCGUUUCACUAAAAAUUCACGAGACGGAAGGAAAUAGUGCGCGCGGGAAGAAGCGGAGGCAGAGAGAAUACAGCGGGACGAGGAAAAGCACGAUACACGCGAACACACGAAGAUCGAGGACAAAAUCGUCGAUCGCAAUAGUGACCGCGAACGGUGCGUGGAUUACCGAUUGUUCCGGUUCGAGUUCUCCACGCGGGUUCGGCUGUCAUUGGAUCCUGAGCAGGUCCUGAGAUCGUCCUUAGAGACCCAUGAGGAGGAUCUCACGGAACGAGUGAUCGAACCCGAAGAGGAACGAGAAGAAGAAGAAGAAGAAGAAGCAGAAGAAGGUCACGGAAACGGGAGGAGAAACAGUGCGCACGGCUGAUGAAGAACACCGGGAGGCUGAUGUGCUGUCGACAGUGCUCGAGGAGGCAAGGAAGGAGAUUCUGGGCAAGGUCAAGGACCCUGUCCCGCGGGAAUUCCUCUUCCUGAUCUACGGCGGAUCGAUCGCGGAUCCCUCGACGGUCGACCGUGGAAGGACGUCGCGUUGGUGCCUCGAGAAGUACGCGGCGAAGAGGAGGCAGCGAGAACAGGCAGAAGAAACGGAAGACCGCAGUGAAAGUUUUGUGGUCCUGCUCUGGCUUCCGGUUUUCUCGGGGAAUUAGACGCGGUCGUUAAUUGUCCUCGAUAACUACGAUUCGAUCGAUCAGUGCACAUUUGGGACUUACACGUGAGUGCACACACACGCAAACAUACACACACAUAACAGACACGGACGGAGACAUUCUUGUCGUCAUUAACGUGCUAUAUACCAUUGUGCCUGCUCUAUGCGACCGUCGUUGCCGUUUUAUCGUCACGCCGAAAGGAAUAUAAGUUCGACCUUCGUUCACGUCCUUCGGGCCCUUGUACAUCGGUGUUGCCCCGUGAGAGGUGAAGUCUUGUAGUAAAGUGAUCUUUGAUAAAUCCGUUGUCAAAGCAGCCCCGGGAUCCAGCGGGUGCACAGUGUCUCGUUCUGUGGAUAGAUUUAUAAGAGGAGGUCCUGAGGACAUCAAAAAUUCCACUCUGGAUACCACGCUGCUCAUAUGAUAUAUUUAUUUGAUGAGGAUCGGCGUUCGAGAUCUUGCGCGGUGUCGCAAGGGUAGCCAGACCGGCUCGUGGUUCUCGUCGUUUCGAGAACAACAAAUCACACGGAUGUCCGACAAAUGUUCUGGCCCAUUUCUUGCCUACUCGAUUUUAGUCCCAGGUCCUCGCGGCGCCGUUGGCGGUUGCAGCACCCCCGGCAGUAGAGUGGAUCCCUGGUGGAAUCCUGGUCCCCUCUUCCCCUCGACCCCUGGGCCCCCAAGGAUCGACGAGGGGGCACCGGACAACGGGAACGGUGGUUUUCAGUUCUGCAACCCGGCGAAUCGUAACACGAGCAGCCCGUUGCAGCAGUCCCAGCAGCACCAGCAUCAUUCGAGUCAACGGCAGCAGUCGCAGCACCCGCCGAAUCAAUCGAACGGCUCGCGAAAUAUCUGUACGAGCUACGGCAUUGCCGCAACCCUGUCCUCUUCGUGCUCGUCGUCGAGCCUCGGCCACGUGGACACGGUAGCGCGGGGAGCUAAUGCCGUAGCUUCGUCAACGAACGCGUACGGCAUCGCCUCGUCGCCACCGGAGCACUCGGCGGCCAGCAACCUGCUGCUGUCGGCGCUCCUGACGACCACGUCCACGGCGAGCAACAACAUCCGGACCAUUCCGGUGACCACGAGCCACGUUAACACGUUGACGUCGUCGGCGGUCACGUCGCCGCUGGUGUCAGCGAACGCGAGGAACAUCGGCCACGGCGGCCUAGCCGCGGCUGACUCGCUGAACGGAAUCUUGUCGACCCUGAACGUGCGGAUCAAGACGGAGGAGUACUCGAAGCUCCGGCCAGAGGAUCGAAGAUCGACCAACGCGACCCUCUCGUCGCUGCCCUCGUCGUUGUCUUCGCCCUCCACUUCCGCGUUCAACACCUCCCUGCUGAGCUCUCUGCUGUCCACGUCGCGGAUAUCGUCGGGCCAGUGCCGGAACGACACCGACGAGGAUCUCCUCUCGAGGUCCUGCAUCAAGCUCGAGUACCCGUCCACGGACACGCAACAGAGCCGGGGACAAGAGGAGCGAACGGUGGUGCGGAACAUCAAGGUCGAGUAUCCUCUCAGCCAGUCGUCCCAGGACGUUCUGGACACCGAGGAAGAGGAGCUAGCAGCCACGUCGCCCUACAACAUCAUCGGCGGGAAUCCGGGCAACAGGUGUUUGAAGCAGUCGCCGGCGUGCGGCGGCAAGAGCUCGUUGGUCAAGGACGUCGUCGCGCCACCCUGUGCGGGCGUCGUUUCGCCAACCUCCGACAUCGUGAUCGACAUGAAGUACGAGACCCAGUCCGGUCCGCCGGCAGCGCCGCCGCACUUGACGUCGUCGGGGGUCGAGCCGCCGCAUAGUAGUCAAGGGACAGGCAUCGUGGUCGGUGGAUCGCCCGCCGAGGUGGUCGGCGUGGACAGUUUACUCCUGUCGCCCUGGGGCGCGACAGGGCCGGACUUCCUAGAGCCUCCGGAUGUCAAGCAAACGGCAGCUGGUUUGCCGGAUGCAUGGGACACUCUUCUGUUGGGCUCUUCCGUCGGAGUCGCCUCGGCGCAGUCGCUGGCGGAGCUGAAGCCCCUGCCGCCGUUCACAGGAUACACGGGACACCUAAGCAUCAACGGCAUACCCGGCCACCAUUAUCACACGAUAGCCUCGUCCGCGCAACGGCCUUCGUUACCAUCAUCCUCCCCCACGUCAUCCUCCAAUCAGGAAUACUACGAGUCGCCGGUGGUGUCCUCGAGCACACCUUGCCCGCAGGGCAGCCAGAAGCAGCAGCAGCAGCAGCAGCAGCAGCAGCAACAGCAGCAGCAGCAGCAGCAACAACAACAGCACCAUCAGCACCAGCAGCAACAGCAGCAGCAACAACAACAGCAACAGCAUCAUCACCAUCAGCAGCAGCAACUGCCACAGUCCACGCAGCAGGUGGAAUACGAUAUCGAGGAUAUCGCGGAGAUCAUUGGUUCGGCGAUAGCGGACACAACGGUCCCCGGAGGCGGGAACGGGGCAAGCUCGGAGCACGAUCCGGACGCGUCGCGGGACUGGAUCGACAUCGCCGAAUGGAUCGACACCGCGUGUUCGCCGAAGGCACAGGAGACCAACUCGCCCGGCCCGUACCCGCAGAUCUACGCAACAGCGACGCCCUCGACCCAGGCGCAGCAGCACGGCUCGACCUUGCAGAGCCUAUUGACGCACGGUUACGCGCCGAUGCUGAACGCCAGGUUACAGUCGGCGAACGCCGGCCUGCAGAACGCGUCCUGCGGCGAGACCCCGUCCUCCACGAGUCCCUAUCCGCCCGUCAGUCCGCCGGGCAGAGUGUCGACCUCUUGCAGCCCGGACCACCUGUUGCACUCGUCGUUCGCGGCGCCGUCCCACCAGAGGAAGAGGUCGCGACCCGCCCCGGGCUCGCAGAACCCCUCGAAGAAGAGCCCGGGCACCGGGGCAACGGCGCUGCCCUACGGGACCGAGUCGGGCCUGAUCGGCGGCAAGGAGAAGCCCGUGCACAGAUGCUCGAUCUGCAACAGAGGAUUUCUGAACAAGAGCAACAUAAAGGUGCACCUCAGAACCCACACCGGCGAGAAGCCGUUCAGGUGCGAGGUCUGCGGGAAGGCGUUCAGACAGAAGGCGCACCUGAUCAAGCAUCAACAGAUCCAUAAAAGGAUCGAGAAUAUUAACGACACCGGUACCGGUACCGAUACACCGUUGCGCGACUCCCAGUUGCAAUAUGUUUUUGGGUAUAGAUCGAGGCUUUUCACAUUGNAGCCGCCGCAUAGUAGUCAAGGGACAGGCAUCGUGGUCGGUGGAUCGCCCGCCGAGGUGGUCGGCGUGGACAGUUUACUCCUGUCGCCCUGGGGCGCGACAGGGCCGGACUUCCUAGAGCCUCCGGAUGUCAAGCAAACGGCAGCUGGUUUGCCGGAUGCAUGGGACACUCUUCUGUUGGGCUCUUCCGUCGGAGUCGCCUCGGCGCAGUCGCUGGCGGAGCUGAAGCCCCUGCCGCCGUUCACAGGAUACACGGGACACCUAAGCAUCAACGGCAUACCCGGCCACCAUUAUCACACGAUAGCCUCGUCCGCGCAACGGCCUUCGUUACCAUCAUCCUCCCCCACGUCAUCCUCCAAUCAGGAAUACUACGAGUCGCCGGUGGUGUCCUCGAGCACACCUUGCCCGCAGGGCAGCCAGAAGCAGCAGCAGCAGCAGCAGCAGCAGCAGCAACAGCAGCAGCAGCAGCAGCAACAACAACAGCACCAUCAGCACCAGCAGCAACAGCAGCAGCAACAACAACAGCAACAGCAUCAUCACCAUCAGCAGCAGCAACUGCCACAGUCCACGCAGCAGGUGGAAUACGAUAUCGAGGAUAUCGCGGAGAUCAUUGGUUCGGCGAUAGCGGACACAACGGUCCCCGGAGGCGGGAACGGGGCAAGCUCGGAGCACGAUCCGGACGCGUCGCGGGACUGGAUCGACAUCGCCGAAUGGAUCGACACCGCGUGUUCGCCGAAGGCACAGGAGACCAACUCGCCCGGCCCGUACCCGCAGAUCUACGCAACAGCGACGCCCUCGACCCAGGCGCAGCAGCACGGCUCGACCUUGCAGAGCCUAUUGACGCACGGUUACGCGCCGAUGCUGAACGCCAGGUUACAGUCGGCGAACGCCGGCCUGCAGAACGCGUCCUGCGGCGAGACCCCGUCCUCCACGAGUCCCUAUCCGCCCGUCAGUCCGCCGGGCAGAGUGUCGACCUCUUGCAGCCCGGACCACCUGUUGCACUCGUCGUUCGCGGCGCCGUCCCACCAGAGGAAGAGGUCGCGACCCGCCCCGGGCUCGCAGAACCCCUCGAAGAAGAGCCCGGGCACCGGGGCAACGGCGCUGCCCUACGGGACCGAGUCGGGCCUGAUCGGCGGCAAGGAGAAGCCCGUGCACAGAUGCUCGAUCUGCAACAGAGGAUUUCUGAACAAGAGCAACAUAAAGGUGCACCUCAGAACCCACACCGGCGAGAAGCCGUUCAGGUGCGAGGUCUGCGGGAAGGCGUUCAGACAGAAGGCGCACCUGAUCAAGCAUCAACAGAUCCAUAAAAGGAUCGGCAGGGACUAGACCGGCGAGAGACAGAGUCCUUUUUCCCGCGGUUUUGGGAGAACAGUUUGGAUGUACCUAGAGACUACCGUAAGUACCUAUGACAAAGUGGCGUCGAGCAGAAACGACCCCGAGGCUGAUCGCCGUGGUUGUUCUGCGACGCUGAGCGCGGUUCUGAGCUGGUACCCGCUCUGUGAAUGAUCGUAGCCCGAAAAAUAACCGUCCAGAGAAUAUUAACGACACCGGUACCGGUACCGAUACACCGUUGCGCGACUCCCAGUUGCAAUAUGUUUUUGGGUAUAGAUCGAGGCUUUUCACAUUGUAAAUAGAUACGAAAACCAUCGUACGGGGAGCUUGGACGGAGCCAUGGAACGCGCGUACGGAAUGACACGGAACGGAUCGAAACGGAACGUGAACGUGAACGAAAAGGGAACGAAAAGGAAUGAAAUAGAAACAGGAAACGGUCGGGUGACGUGUGGGAAUGAUCUCUCGUGCUGUGUUAUAAACGACGAUUCGAAGUGAGUGAAACCCGCUGGUCCAAAUAUAUGGUGUGUGUACAUACAUACGUAUCGAUGAUAACGGAGCACACGUACGCGGGUACGUGCGUAUAUAUACGUAGGAAAAGAAGCGAACGUUCUUAUGUUUAAAGAAGAGAGGAGAGAACGUGAAAGAGGGAAGCGUCUCUCGAGGGAGAUGAUCGUUCGGGAAAGAUAAAGGUAGAUAAAGAGAAUGAGAGUAUAUAUACAUUUAUUAUGUAUACAUAUACAUAGUUAGGUGUAACAUAUAACUAAAAACGUAGACGGAAGUGACGAAAACUACGCGGAGGUGCGGCCAUGCGCAAUGGCCGCGCUACGGAUGUACCUAAGCUCUUCCAAAUGCGUUGUUUGAGUAGAUUCUAUCGCUUGUUUCUUUUUAUUUAUAAUGCUUUUAUAUUAUAUAUUUUUCACAGUCUCAUCGUGUCCGCAGUCCUUUCCUGUUUCUUUCUUAUUUAUUUUCAUUCGACUUGUCCGUCCUCCUCCGCUCCCCACCCACCCACCCUCUCCCUCUCCUUUCUCUUCAAUUGGUUUAUCUUUGUAAGAUAGUCAAUCGUCCGUCGCAUUUUACUUGAGUUUCUCGUCCCUGUCCCGCCCUCUUAAUUCUUUAGUCUCCAUAAUUAGCUUCUCGAUCUUGGCGCACCGUAAUGUAAUGUGUACGACGACGUUCUUAGGAUCGUUUACGGAUCGCCUCCUGGAUGAUGCGGCGCUCGUGUAUUACGGGUCCUUUUCGAUGGAGGGAAAGAAGACGGAACGAUUCGGUGCACUUAGCAUAUCCCGUUCUGUUUUCGAACGAUCUGUCGUCGAAACAGGGACGAGCAACAACGAGCUUUCGGCGAGCCGACCGGCGCAGGACGAUCCGCGCUGUAAUUUCGUCCCGUGAAUUUUGAAGCAAAUACUCACUCAGGCGAGCUCGAACCAAGCUGUCGACACGCCUCGCAUUAAUUAAUCUAUUUCGUCCGAUCGUCCUUCGUCAUUCGACCGGCGAAGGCCCCGUCGAAACCGCCGUCCCGUGAUGAAAUGGUGGCUGCGGAAUUGUAAUUUGUAUAAAGUCAGAAAAUGUGGAUUAUUUAAAAGCUGAUGUUCGAUUAAAUGAUUGUUACCGUAA